CUUUUUGAUCUAACAGCUUUAUGUACUUAGUGUCUAGUUUUUUAUACAUGCAGUCUAUAUAAUAUAUAAGAUGCUGGACUUAUUUUUUGUUUUGGUCGUUUGUUUUCUUUAAACGUAUUAGUUUAUUUUUCAGACGAUUGAAGUAAAUUAUUUUGGUGCAGCCGCAGUUCUGCACUGCGCUGUCGGGGGUGCUGAAGCUCUGGAGAAACUCAAGGGAACCCCAAAGUGACGACAUGUUGACAGACUCUUAUCACGGGUUAAGUUUAGUGACACGUAACCAUGGAGACCGCAUGUGACUUCCUGGCUGUAGCGGAUCAGGUCUGCAUUGGAUAACCCGACGAAAUCCUAUUUCUGAGCUCACCUGCUGUAGUUAAAAUCCUCUGUGACUCAGUUUUGUGAUAGGAGGUGAUCUGAGGAAGCCUGAGGACAGCAGAACGCAUGGUGUGUCGGAUAAAUGUUUUUUUUUUUGUGUGUGUGUUUGGAGACUCAGACAGGUGAGAGAGAUGCAACAUGGAGAGGAAUGGACCAAAGUGUGACUCCAGGAGGCCAAAAAGUCAAAUAUCAUGUCAGAAAACAACCUGCAUGAAGCCCUCCACCAGGAGCUGACUGUUUGGUGGAGUGUGUGUGAAAGGAGACGCAGUCAGCCCCCAUGGCUUUUUCAUCAGACCCGUCCCGCAGGGAAAGAGGCCACGCAACACAAAGUUCACACACAGCUACACGCAACCUCUUGCGAAAGAAGGAGCAGCGUCGCCGUGGAAUCCGAUCCUCCUCACCCAUGGGUCGGGUCAUCCUCAUCAACUCUCCUGUGGAUGGUGGAGAUGAUAGUGAAGACCUCCACACAGUCACAGUGGAUAAGAGUGUGGAUGGGAAGCUUGGCUUCAGUGUGCGUGGAGGCUCAGAGCACGGCCUCGGCAUCUUCGUCAGUAAGGUGGAGGACAACAGCACAGCACAGGAGGCGGGCCUGCAUGUCGGAGAUAAACUGGUUGAGGUGAACGGCAUUAGCCUGGAGAGCAUCACCAUGAGCAGUGCCGUGAAGGUCCUGACAGGCAACAACAGGCUGAGGAUGGUGGUGAGGCGGGUGGGGAAAGUUCCCGGCAUCCGAUAUUCUAAGGAGAAGACCACCUGGGUGGACCUGAUACAUAAGCGGAUGGUGGUGGAGGAGAGUGGACGAACACCUUCAGAAGCCAGUUCUGACAGCGCUCUGCAAAGGAUCGUCCACCUUUACACCACCUCUGACGACUACUGUCUCGGCUUCAACAUACGGGGGGGGAAGGAGUUUGGUCUGGGCAUCUAUGUUUCUAAACUGGAUCCAGGUGGUCUGGCCGAGCAGAAUGGGAUUAAGAUCGGAGACCAGAUCCUAGUUGCCAAUGGAGUGAGCUUUCAGGACAUCAGCCACAGCAGUGCUGUGGAGGUGCUGAAGAGCCACACACACAUCAUGCUCACCAUUAAGGAAGCAGGACGGUACCCUGCCUAUAAAGAAAUGGUGGCAGAAUACAGAUGGUUGAAUAAAUUGGCCAAUGGUUCUCAGCCGUCUUCCUCCCAGGCAUCAGAAUCCACCUCUUCAACUUCCUCUCUGUCAUCCGGAACCCCGGUCAGCUCCCUGAGCGGCCUGUCUCAGCUCAUGUUCCCACCCAGCCUCCCAUUUGGUUCAGACAUGGUGGACGUGUGUAUCUCCAUGGUGGACCUAAGGUCUGAGUCAGAACUAACAGAGACCGCUAUCCAGACAGAUUUUUCCUCUCAGAGAAUGGAUACAGACACUACUCGCAGCCUGGGACCAACCACUCUACUCAAAGACACAGUGAUCCGGGCAGAGGAGAGCAGAAGGUGGAAGGAAUCUCCCAAAACAGCCGUGCUCCUGGCACUCAGCAGACCAAGUCGACCAAUCAGCAGGUCGCAGAGCCAAGUUACUGUAGCAGAGAUCAAUCAGAAGAAAGACCAGAAGAAGCAGAAAGAGAAGCAUACAAAGGAAAAGAGCACUCUGCAGCGCUCAAAGACCUUUGUUAAUCUGCUGUUUAAAGGAGGACGCAAGAGAGACGCCUCCAGUGAGCGCUCCAAGUCACCAAACAGAGAAGGCAAAGAGGGACGAAAUAUCAGUGCAAUGCCAAAUUUGGAGAUGCUCGGGGUGGUGGAGGACAUUGCACGCAGGCUGCUGAGCGAGGAGGAGGUGGAUGCUGUGAUGGCAGCGUGCCAAAGGUAUAUAGCAGAGAGGUCAGUGGAGAACUUGAUACGCCACCUGCUGGUUGUGCUGGACCGACCCGAAAAACUACUGCUUCUGAGGGAAAUCAGACUUGUGCUUCCACCAUCUGAUCUGAGUGUUUUCAACAACAUGGUGACUGCUGUUGAAGCUGAAGCCUACAACAUCCUCAAAUAUCGAUCAGUCCGAACUCCUCCUCUCCGCUCCCCUAUUUCUGGUCGAGCCCCCAAACGGCACCUCAUUACACCCAUCCCAGAUUAUAGGGGCGGCUUUGAGCUCCACAGUGCAGAGGAGGUGGAAAAGGAGAGCCACCUGCUGGAGGAGCUAGAGAAGCUCAGCCUGACUGGCUCGCAGGGAUCUAGAGGGAAAACAAAGAACUCUAGUUCUUUCUCAUCUCUUCUGGACAUACCCGUGGAUGGAUAUAAACCAGAGUCCAGAGGCUUCAGAUCCCACUCUACUGGCCCCUUGCUCCAUAACUGGCUGCUGGCCCACAGCAGUGACUCCCCCCCUCCUCUUCGUACAGACAUCGGCACCAUUCGCUCCGUCCACUUUGAUGAGGCUUCUCUGCGCUCAUCUUCAGACAAGGUGGAGACAAACCUUGAGAGGGGAAGGACUUUCUUCAGAAACAGUCACUCACUGGGCAGGAAGGAGAAAAGUGCAGACAGGAGUAAGAACAGUAUGUUCACUCUACAGAGUGCAAACCGUAGGAGUCGACCCUCACUGUCACAGGUGUUUGGUACGGGUCAGGAUCAACAGAUGAACGGUCACCGGACUUUGUCACAGAACAGGCUCAACGGUACAGAGCCUGAACAGGAGCAUCAACUGAAGACUGUCAGCAUCUCCAAAACCAACCAGUCUCUGGGCAUCAGCAUUUCUGGGGGGAUCGAGUCAAAGAUUCAGCCAAUGGUGAAGAUCGAGAAGAUCUUUCCUGGUGGAGCCGCCUCCAUGUGUGAGGUGCUCAAGGCUGGAUUUGAGUUGGUGUCUGUGGACAGAGUUUCCCUCCAAGGAGUGACCCACCAGCAUGCUGUUGACAUCAUUCGCAAAGCCUUCAGCAACAAGGCCAAAGACCCCAUGGUGUUUGUGGUCAAAGUCCCCAAAAAUCUUUUAAAAGACAGGUCUGAGCUCCCUUAGUGGGAAUAAUGGAAAAACCUCAAUGACUUGCAGCUCUGUGGGAGCUAAGUUUAGGUAUGUCAUUUUACCGAUAAUGUUAAACAGGGCAACAAGCUGGGUUGGACAACACAAAAAAGCUUAAUGAUCACAGGAAUUCAGAACCAUGAAGGAAAGAAAAUAUUUUAAGAGUUGUUCUGAUUUUGCAGCUAAAUUGAUCUAUUAAAAGAUUGAAAUUUAAAAAUGUGUCAGUUUGGUUUUUUGAUUCAUA